GCGGCGUGCGGCGGCGGCCAUGGCAGCGAAGCUCUUGUGAGCAACAUGUUCACCGACACUGGAGUGUCUUUGCGCGACAAUAAGCACGGCGACAAGCAGCAGAGAUAGAACUUCAGGUAAGUUGACGCAGUCCACUACUCGAUGGCGUCAAAAGAUAUCCUCCGACAAGCUGCUGCUGCCUGGCUAUCCACCAUGGAAGACAGCAGACAACGACUCCAGGAUAUGGUGUCUCUUCUCUCUGCCUCCACUCCACCUCCACCAGAGGUUGUUGGGGGAGCGAUCUCGGUGGCGAGAUGGGUGGAGACAGUGCUACAGCAGAUGCUGGAGGUUAUCUGGGUGCUGGAGGAGGGGCCGGCACCUGAGCUGGACGAGCUUGUUGACUGGCGGCAGGUGGGUGCUCUGCUCAACGAUUGUUACGCGCUCCUUGAUGAAGGGAGCGAGCAAGGUGCUGACAUGGCCAAGCGCUCAGGCGGGGAGCUCUCAAUAACCAUGUUGGCGGCAGUUGCACCAACAGUAUCAACUCCAAUGACGACAUCAACACCUACAGCAAUAUCAGCUCCAGCAGUAUCGACUCAAACAAUGACUUCGACACUGACAACAAAAUCAACAACCACAUCGACGCCAUCUUUUUCACCAACGACCAUUGCCCCAGCGCCUCGCACGAUGAUUACAUACGACAUAGGGCGUUCAUCUAAAUCAACAACCGUAUUGCCAUCAUUACCUUCAUCAACAGCGACCGCUGUCUCGGCGCUGGUCACCACGGUUUCACAUGGUUCGGGCCGUAGUGCUUCGAUAAGGGUUUCCGUUUCUCAACCUCCGGAGGCAUCGCCGACGACAAUAACUUCGCCACAAUCGAUUGGCAGGGUCACUGGCGCUAUACCGACUACAAUAUCUAUGGCGGCUUUGCAAGAUUUGGGGUGUUCUUCUCCAAUCAGGGAGACUGCUUCUUACCUUCCAUCGGGCAAGCUGGCCUCCGUAUCUUCACAGCGAUCUGUCCUUCUCGCCUUUGCCAUUCAGCCUUUCGCACGUGGCGAGGUGGGGUAGUGUGAUGGGAAGCAGAAGGCUCUCCCUCACCCCUCCCUCCUUUCUUGGUUCUCAAUUGUAUUGGUCUGGCUGACAGAAGGAAGAGGGGUGGAGGGGUGCUUGGAGAGGAAGCUUAUUCACCUGCGGCUGAUUGGUGUUUAGCUGUUUUUAGUCUGAUGGAUCGUUUCCACCUUGGACACAUAUGCCCUCCCUUUCGACGUGUCCUGUGUUCAGAUUCUGUAGCGAUGGGGUGCCAUGAGUACUGUUAUACCUGGGUCAUCAUCAUUUAAGGUUUGACAUGGUUUGAUGAUCUGUAGGUAUAGAUUAGAAUUUUCUUCCAAUUACUGUGCUCCCCUUUGGUUUGCGUCUGUGUUAACUAGUUGCUCCGGGGAAGCUCGACCUAAUUACUCAUGAAUCACUAAACUCUUUUGCCCUGUUAUCAUUCUCCUUGCCCUAAUGGUAUCUCCCCCCCUUCUCACCGUGCAGAAGAUUAAAGUAGGGAUAAUUGAGGACUGUAGGGCAGAGCUUGAUUCUGCACACAACGGGGUUAAUCCUUCCUCACUGAGGAAGCAAUCAAUGCCCCGGGCUCAC